CGUUCGUGGCAAUUGUUUUAAAAUUGCUUUGAUUCUAUUACAAAGGCUUUAAUCGACUAUGCAUGAGCCAGCAAGAAGACCAUCAGUGGCCGGUGGCACAAGCACUGCUGAAAAGCUUUGCUUUGAUAAAAAUGAGUUCAUGAAGGAAAAUUUCUCCGUGGAUGAGUUUCUACACAAGAAUCGCAACGCACCUAGCCUGGAGCAGCUGCGCGACAACUUGGGCCUCUAUCUGAAGGGUCUACGUGCCGCUAUGAUCGAUCUCAUCAACGAGGACUAUGCGGAUUUCGUUAAUUUGAGUGCCAACUUGGUGGGUCUGGACCAAACCAUCGACACUAUACAACGCCCUUUGGAGCAAUUUCGUUCAGAAAUCGAGGGCAUACACAGUUUAAUUGAGGAAAAUGUGGUUGAGCUGCGCAGUCAGCUCGAGGAAAAGCGUAAAUUGCGUGAAUUUCAACGCAGUUUGCAAAGCCUUAAGAAAGUAUACGAGAUUAUGGAAAAGUUGCAGGAGUUGAUAACGAACAAGCUAAGCGAAGACGAGCCCGCCCAGGCUGUUGACUUGGAGCGUGCUGCACUUGACCUGAUACAGUUGAGAUUCCAUGAGAAACAUUGCGACACUCAGCUGAGCAAUUUACACAGAUCCACAAUUGAACAACUGGAGGAGCAAGUACAUCAGGAAUUACGUCGUUUCUUGUACACUUCACUGCAGCAGGCGAAGAACGGUGCCUCCGAGCACUUGGAGCGCUGUCUGCGCAUCUACAUCACACUCGAUGCGUGUGACCGAGCAGAGCGCGCUUUUCGCGAAGAUAUUGUUGCUCCCUAUAUGAGCGCCAUCAUUGGCGAGCAACAGCUGCAGAAUUCGCCACAGGGAUUGGCUGGCAUUUAUAGCAAAGUAUUGAAUUUUAUAUCGCUGCAUAUGGCGGAUCUGUUGCGUCUAACGCUUUACUCGGAUAAGUUAAACGGCUUCAAUUUUGUGGUCAACAGUUUUUGGGCAGAUGUUGAGAUGCGCCUGGAGCUGCACAUGAAUUCAAUAUUUGCACCAGGCAACUCGGAGGUGUUUUAUGUGAAAUACAAGUGCACACGCGAUUUUCUGGCCAAGAUUGAGGAGCUGCUGACGAGCCGCGGCGAAAAGGUAGUCUCCUCCUUCCGCCAUCACAAUCAAACCAAAAGCUUCGAGGCACGCUGGAAUCUGCCCGUCUACUUUCAAAUCUGCUUUCAGGAAAUCGCCGGAAAAUUCGAGGCACAGUUAGAGCCCCUGCUCAAAGAUGAUUCGCUGCAAGCCCAUCCAGAGGGAGAUGCCUAUCACCUUAUGCCCUUCAAUGGUGCCAAAGAAGCGUUGACUCGCUGCUGGUCCGAGGGCGUUUAUUUGUCGGAGGUAUUUGCCAAAUUCUACAAGCUCAAUGUUCAGAUAGUUUUGCGCCUCUCGCGCUGGAUCCGAGAUGUCAUCAAGGAGGCCAAGAGCAGUAGCUACUCAAAGCCAUACACACGGAAUCAAUUGCUAAUUGCUUUAUACACGGACACACGCCAAUUGGAAUCAUAUUUGCCGCAGUUGCAGCAGCUCAUCAUGCAGUCGGCGCCUGAGACCAAGAAUCUAGCAUUGUUCAGCAAUGUCUUGGGCAAGUCCAUAGCCGACUUGGUUGACACACUGGGCAUGCACCUCACCAACAUACAGGACACAUUGAAGCAGCUGCUAAUCACCGAAUGCGGGGCAGACAAUGUGCGACAAGUCAACGAUCUGCCGCGUUUGUAUCGCAAGACGAACCGUGAGGUACCGACUCGUUGCUCCAGCUACGUGGAGCAGAUGCUGCGUCCGCUCAAGGCUUUUGCCGCUCAGCAUGAGAAACAGCUGGGCACACUGGUGGUGGAGCAGAUACUGGCCGAGGUGUGCAGCAACAUAACCAAGGCCUACUUCAAUGUGGUUAGUGAGGUGCUGACAUCUGUCCAGAAAACCGAGGAAUCUUUGCGUCGUCUACGUAAUCUCAAGAGUGGCGGUGCAUCCAAUUCACAGGGCAGCGGAAAUGCAUCCACUGCGGUAUCGGAUGACGAUAAGAUACGACUACAGCUGCGCGUCGAUGUGGCCGCCUGGACUCUGGAACUGGGCAAACUAAACUUUAAACCCAAACAAAUCGACAAACUCGUGGAGCUCUCCAACAUGGUGGAGGAGAGCAUCAAGUCGAAGGAGAGUGCUUAAUGGAGGAAUGUAAAUCAAACAAAAUCAGAUUUGAAAAUAUUUACAUGCUUCAAUUUAUUUACUGUUAACCGAUUGCUAGUG